AUGGAUGAUUUAGAGGAAUUGGAGUACUUGUCCCUCGUUUCAAAGGUCGCCUCUGAAAUAAAAAAUCAUACUGGGAUUGAUGAUAAAACUCUAUCUGAGUUUGUAAUAAACUUAUAUGAACAAUCCAAAACUUUUGAUGAAUUCAAGGAAAAUGUUCAAGCAUCAGGAGGAGAUUUUGCAGAGUCCUUUCUACAAAAUGUCGCCAGAUUAAUUCGCGAAUUACAUCCAAAAUUGAAAGCGAAAAUCCUAGGUGAUCAGGAUUCUGUUGGUAAAAACAAAACCGCGGUGCCUAAUCUAACGCCUGAAAGCGAUAAUGCGGAUCGAAAGCGGGAGUUGUUUCCUGGUUUAAGCAUUCCCGAUCAUAGAAAUCUCGAAAAUUCUAAUCAAGACAGUGAUUUAAUGAAUGAUACCAUGAAUGAGUUAGAUCGGUUGUCCAGCUCUUCGCGUUCAAGAAGGCCGGAUAGUACUCGGGAUAUUUUUUACAGAGAGAGGUCGAGAAGUCCCCCUCGUUCUUCUCGUAAUGGUGAUAGACAUCCUGCAGACCGGUAUGUACCUACUCGUUCGCGCGAUAGUAGUUCUACUUAUCGGCGUCAAAAAACUAAUGCGUUUAAUGGGUUUCCACAAUUAAAUGAAAUAUACCCUGGUAUUGUUUCUGGUAUAAAGGAAUUUGGUGCCUUUGUGACAUUGGAUGGCUUUUCCCAAAGAACGGAUGGUUUGGUCCAUAUAUCCAACCUGAUGAGUGGUCGGCGUGUUGAGCAUCCCUCUGAAGUUGUUGCAUAUGGGCAACCUGUUUUGGUUAAGGUUAAUCGAGUAGAUGAAGCUAGCAAAAGAAUAGGUCUCUCGAUGAAAGAGGUUGAUCAGAUUACUGGAGAGGACUUGAAGCCCAAAACAGAAGACAAUGUUAUUUAUCGUGGCACCGGUGCUAAUUCUGUUGGUUUGAACGCAGAUGAAAAAAAUGUUCAGACAACUGAUUUCUUCGACGUCGGUAAAAAUAAUGGAAGAAAGAGACUGACUUCUCCUGAGAUUUGGGAACUGCAACAGCUGGCUGCUUCAGGAGCAAUUUCAUCAUCAAGUAUUCCUGGGUUCCAAGAGGAACUGACUACAUUUAAUAACCCUGAAUUGAAGCCAGAAGAUGAUGAAGAUUUCGAAAUUGAAUUACGUGAUGAAGAACCUAGGUUCCUUGCUGGUCAAACAAAACUCUCCCUUAAGCUUUCUCCUAUAAAAGUUGUAAAAGCACCCGAUGGGUCUUUAUCUCGAGCUGCAAUGCAAGGACAAGUACUAGCUAGUGAUCGUCGAGAAAUGCGUCAAAAAGAAGCACGUAUGCAAAGCGAAAAAGAGCUAGAAAAACAGGAUCUAUCGUUAGUAUGGAAUGAUACAAUGGCCCGACCAGAAGACAAAAAAUUUGCUCAGGAGAUACGCAGUUCAGCAACUCAACAAAUGACUACUCAAAUGCCCAAUUGGCGACAGCAAUCCGUAAAGGGUCCAGAUGUAUCGUACGGGAGGAAGACGACUUUAAGCAUGAAAGAGCAGAGAGAGAAUCUCCCUGUCUUCAAACUUCGAAAGGCGUUUUUAGAAGCUGUUUUCAAAAAUCAAGUCCUUGUUCUGUUAGGUGAAACGGGUUCCGGUAAAACCACGCAAAUUACUCAAUAUUUAGCCGAAGGAGGUUAUACGGAUAAUAGAAAAAUAGUCGGUUGUACUCAGCCAAGACGUGUAGCUGCUAUGUCAGUUGCGAAGCGCGUUGCUGAAGAAGUUGGAUGCCGGGUUGGAGAAGAAGUCGGUUAUACCAUUCGUUUCGAAGAUAAGACAAGUAGGAUGACUCGAAUUAAAUACAUGACAGAUGGUAUGCUUCAGCGCGAAUGCUUGGUUGAUCCACUCUUAAGAAAAUAUUCUGUUAUCAUUCUCGAUGAAGCACAUGAAAGAACUGUAUCUACUGACGUUUUGUUUGGCUUACUGAAGCAUACAGUAACGAGGAGAAGUGAUUUGAAAUUAAUUGUUACGUCUGCCACGUUAGAUGCAGAACGGUUUUCCUCGUAUUUCCAUAAAUGCCCUAUAUUUACAAUUCCUGGACGAUCUUAUCCUGUUGAAGUAUUAUAUGCCAAGCAACCAGAAAGUGACUAUCUUGAUGCAGCAUUACUUACGAUAAUGCAAAUACAUUUAACUGAAGGUCCAGGUGACAUUUUAGUAUUUUUGACAGGACAAGAGGAAAUUGAUACGAGUUGUGAAAUUCUUCAUGAAAGGACAAAGAUGCUGGGGGAUUCUGUACCUGAUUUAGUAAUUCUGCCAGUAUAUUCCGCGCUCCCUUCGGAGGUACAAAGUCGUAUUUUUGAACCUGCUCCACCGGGAGGAAGAAAGGUAGUUAUUGCUACAAAUAUUGCAGAAACUAGUUUGACGAUUGAUGGAAUUUACUAUGUAGUCGAUCCUGGUUUUGUGAAGCAGAGUUGUUUUGAUCCCAAAUUAGGUAUGGAUUCUCUGGUCGUUACGCCGAUUUCACAAGCACAAGCAAGACAAAGAAGUGGACGUGCAGGCCGUACAGGGCCAGGAAAGUGCUACCGGUUGUAUACAGAAAAUGCCUUCCAGAAUGAGAUGUUACCGAGUCCGAUUCCUGAGAUCCAACGUCAAAAUCUUUCUUAUACCAUCCUUAUGUUGAAGGCUAUGGGAAUCAAUGAUUUGCUGAACUUUGACUUUAUGGAUCCACCGCCAGCGCAAACGAUGAUUGCCGCAUUACAAAAUCUAUAUGCAUUAUCGGCACUGGACGACGAAGGAUUGUUAACGCCAUUGGGAAGGAAGAUGGCGGACUUUCCUAUGGAGCCACAAUUAUCAAAGGUUUUGAUUACGAGUGUUGAACUUGGAUGUUCUGAAGAGAUUUUGACGAUUAUAGCCAUGUUGAGUGCUCCCAACAUCUGGAGUCGACCAAGAGAGAAGCAGCAAGAGGCGGAUAAGCACCGUGCGCAAUUCUCGAAUCCAGAAAGUGAUCAUUUGACCCUACUGAAUGUGUAUACGGCAUGGAAAACCAACAGGUGUUCUGACAAUUGGUGUUAUGAGCAUUAUAUUCAAGCACGGGGGCUUCGAAGGGUAGAAGAUGUGCGUAAACAGUUACUAAGUUUAAUGGACCGUUAUCACCAGCCCGUAAUAUCAUGUGGUCGAAACCGGGAAUUAAUUUUGCGUGCAUUGUGUUCUGGACAUUUUACGAAUGUAGCAAAGAGAGACUCACAUGAAGGAUGUUAUCGAACGACGGUGGAGAAUGCACAAGUGUAUAUGCAUCCCAGUAGUGUGUUAUUCGGAAAACCUGCGGAAUGGGUAAUUUACCAUGAAUUAAUUCAGACGACGAAGGAGUAUAUGCACACGGUAAGCACGAUUCAUCCACGAUGGCUGGUGGAGGUGGCACCGACAUUUUUUAAAUUUGCGAAUCCAAACCAGAUUUCCAAGUCGAAGAAGGGAACGAAAGUUGUGCCUCUAUUCAAUCGAUUUGAAAAAGCAGACGAAUGGAGAAUAUCCAAGCAGAAGAAAGGAAGGUAA